GUGGACCCAGGCCUAUAUGUUUAGGUCCCUGUUGCCAGUCGCUGCGUCACUCGUUCAAUGCCCGCCGGUGAGUAUAGCUUCCUCUAUAUUUCUAAGCCGGUUCGCAGCUGAUUUGGCUUGAUCAUGACGUGAUCAGCUGACUGUUUCCGGUACGUUUUUACACAAAUUAGGUAGGUAAAGAAGUACUGUUGGCACAUGCUCUACUGCCUUCUACCCUUGUUCUUUUCCUUUGGGUAUCUACGGUAAACCAUGGUGUACUGAUGGAAAGUCUCGCCAUGCUCACGGCCAGUGUCUGGCGUUAUCCGCCACUUCCAUGGGACCAAAUUUGAUGGAAAUUCUCAAUGAAUCUGCCAGAUUUUAUCCUGGAACCGGUAUUUUCCUACCUCAGCUGGAACGACCGAGCCCGUGCUGCUCGUGUUUGUCGCCAGUGGCAGCGUGUUUUCCAUUCACCUUCUCUCUGGCGAAUAAUGGUUUUCAAACCACCAGCUCGCCCGUUGACGCGGUUGCAAUAUGAUAUGAGGGGUUAUCGAAUGUCGUGCUGCCUUCGCACCAUUGGUUCCUAUGUACGCCACUACCGUUUUGUGAGGACUGAGGACAUCUUUCUGCUCAAUCGAACGUUGAGUCUGAUUGCGAAGUUUCUAGAAGCAAGCGCUUCGAAAAAGACAGUGCCUCAGGAUCCCGCGAAUUCCAGCUUUGUUCCCGGUGGAGAGGAUGACACAGCUUUGGAUGAAGAAUCAGAGAGCGAGAAUGGUUCCACUAGUUCUACAGACGACAACUUGAUGUCAUGGGAGGAUGAAGAUGACUAUUACCGUGAGAGUGUACACCUUUCAAAAUAUUCGGGAUUGAUUAUGGGUGACCCUGAUGCAGAAGCCACCCUGGAAUUAGUGUUAAAACUUCAGGAAAGAGAACUUUUUGGUCAGAGUGAUUCCGAUACGUCAGAUGAGAAUUUCGAUGUCUCCAAUUUUCUGGGAGAAGUGCGUUCAAGUUCCUUUUCGAUGCCAAGACCCACUGGUAUUUCGGGAGCCUCAGCACGUGGUCACGUCUAUCAACGGAGCCAGAGUUGCCGUUACCCCCAUCGACACCAUCAUCCGCGUCCCCCACCUUCCGUAAUAAGCUUUCUUCUGGAUUUUCACUGUGAAGUAGACGAAUCUCGCGGGUCUGUCUACGGCACGGGUGGGGCGCUUCUGUCUACUAUUCGCCGAGUUAUACGGCAGUUAUCUUGCGUUGAACGACUGAGGUUCACAGAUCUGUUUCUCAGCUUACCCGAUGCACGAAACCUAGUACUAGAUUUAACGGAGACCACUUCGAACAGCUUAGUCGAUCUCAACCUCGUACAUUUGAACAAGUUGUCCAGUGACCCGACCAUUCAAAACGCCCCUGUUGUACAUCUUGGCCAGGCAGUCGUAAACAGUGCAUCAGCCCCUGCUGAUUGGUAUCUAUUGGAUUCUCGAUGGUUGGCUGCACGUCCGAAUCGACUUCACCAGAACCCGCUAGCGGAUAUCGCCAGUUUGUUUCCGAACCUCAAACGCUUAUCCAUCGCCCCAACCCAGCUAACCGGACCUAUGCUACUGCGCCUGCUUUACCAAACCAACCUAGUGGAACUUUUUCUAGUAGAGACGGACUUUACGCGGUUCACUCUCCAGCAAACAUCACUUCAAAGCUCUUCCAUUUUGGAUCAUUAUAACCUCCUCCACCUUGGUCAUAACCCACAUCAGGAUGAUGGUAAGCUGCAUCAGGAUGCGGAUGAAGAUCUGAUCGAGUGGGGUGAGGAUGUGCCUUACUACAGAGAUUCUCUGACCUCUACGGACGUCAGUCUGGUUGCUGUUUCUAGUAUCUGGCAUGCUAUCAGGCCGGCUGUUUGGCACGCCGCACUAACUUUACGUCCCAACUUGUCCGUUCAACUUCGAAACUACUUUCUUCGAAUUACGCUCGAGGGCUCCGUACUUGUCACGCAAAACGGUGCACUAGUGCCUCGCUUACUGUCUCUCUGGCCGAUGCAACCCUGUCCCGUCUCCGCACUAAUAUUUCGAACGAGCAAAGGUCCUCAGUUCACCCAGGCUUUUUUAAGCUUGAGCAAUAAAAUUAACUUUGGAACUUAUUCAGCUACAUUAACCACGCUCGUCAUUUCAAUUGAGGCAUCUUCGGGAGAUCAGCUGGAUCCACAGUCUAUUGUGGAAGCAUCCGCUAAAAGUGAUAACGACUGGAAAGAAUUCAACCAGAUUCUUCGUAGUCUACCUUCACUUUGUCCUUCGCUUUUAUUCUUGGCACUUGGUGGAAAUGUUUGCUAUUUAUCCGUUGUAACGUUGCUCGUGAUUUGUCGGCAUCACAAUCGUCGUCGCAGUUUAUGCGACUCAAAUUUCGACCCCCAUCUGGAUUUGAUUGUCGAGGACAAUUGUUGCAGUUUGGAGGACCAUGAAAGAAAAGAUAUUCCAGCAACAGUCCUCGCCUGGUAUUCCGCCAUAGACAGUGUGGGAAAGGAUAACGACCGACGUAAAACGGCGGCCGAACGGUGCAUCACUGACGCACUUAAGCUUCCACACUGGCAGUUUGUCAGUUCGGCACAAUUCCAAAGCAAACUUUACGACUUCUUGAACUGACUUCCAACUUCCUGAUAGAUCUGGACGAUCGCCUUUCAUAUUGUGCCUUGCUGCUCUGAAACGUUUCUAUUCUGGGCUUCUUUUUUAUAUGUUUCAACAAGUCAUCUUGUCCGCAAGAAUUACCAACUCCGCAUUUAAUUGACUUCCAGCAUUUAUCUUAUUCAACACCGUCUUUCACUCGUUUGCAACCUUUCACCGCUUUCUAGUUUCGACCAAAUUCUGUACAUCAGCUUCUUUUUUCUUCCUAUUAUUUUGGUAGCCCAGUAUUUACUAUUGUUUAUUAGUGUGGGCCCAGGCAAUCCCAUGUGAACCACUUACUAAUACACAGAAG